AUGGACUCCAUUCAACGCCGCCACCUGCUGCUCUUGCACCAGACAGAUCUCUCCUUAGCACCAUCCCAAAAGCAUAUCGAUGCCCUGCGCGCUGCCGUUGACCGCACGACGGAGGAGCUCACUGUUAAGGGCUGGUCGCUGAUGCAGCGGCGGAUAGCCGACCUGUAUGCUGUUGCAAUGGGCCGGGCGCUGCGCAACAAAAGCGCAGUCUCGGUGGAUAUUGUGCCGGCGGAUUUUUGCGCGUACUCGGUGGAUGAUAUGGAAGAAUUCAAAGGCUGCACUACGCUUGUGGCGGCCAGUGACAAUGACAACCUCCGCGCCCCACUCCCCUGGACAACCCACCGUCACGUAGCCGUCGGCGGUACCUUCGACCACCUGCACACCGGCCACAAAAUCCUCCUCACCGCCACAGCUCUUGCCACCACCCACCGGAUAGUCUGCGGAAUCUCUGCCGAUGCACUAUUGGAAAACAAAAAGCACAAGGAGUUUCUCCAAUCUUACCGCACACGAGAGCCUGGUGCCGAUUGCGGAUCAUAUGGCCCGACUGCUACGGACUCGACAAUUGGGGCAUUGGUGGUUUCGCAAGAGACUUUGGGUGGGUCGAGUGUACUGAAUGUGAGGCGCAAGGAGAAUGGUAUGGUGCCGAUGGAGCUGAUGCCCGUUGAUCUCAUUACUACGUCUGCUGGUGGAAAAGACAGCAGCAUUGGUGAUGCUGCUGCGGAUCUGGAUGAGGAGUGCGGCGCUGCUGUUUCUAGCGAAAACACGGCGCUCAAGGUCAGCUCUACUGCGAUUCGCGCUGCGCUAGCAGAGCGUCGUUUGACCGAGGUCCAGCAACAAUAA